UCAGGAAUCCCACGUGACGUCACCCUAGGGGUGAUGUAAUGCUUCUGCAAAUAGAAUGUAUUGUAAUCCUGCUUCAGUCCAACGUGGUUCCUCUCAACUCAGUGCCGCUUGUCCGCUCCACUUGUUAGGUUUGUAAUAGAGAUGAAUGAUGAACAGGACCGGCCAUAUAGGUGCAGCGCUCCUGGCUGCUCGCAGCGGUUCCAAACAGAAGACCACCUGAUGAUCCACAGACACAAGCAUGAGAUGACCCUCAAGUUCUCCUCCACCAAGGCUGAUCCCCUCGCAGACCAGACCCCAACGCCGACCCGUUUCCUGCGUAACUGUGAGGAGGUGGGUCUCUUCAAUGAGAUCGAACAGGAGUUCCGCCAGGCACAGGAAGAACAGAACAUUAAACAGACUCAGAGUCUCCCUCAGAAUGGAUCAUCAUGUGUGAACCAGCCCCACUCCCAACACCAACCACAGUCCCAUGGUGGUAUGAGGGGUCUAAGCUGCAGCAUGGCUGGACAGCAAGCACUGCCCUCUGCCCAGUCCAACUCAGUCAUCACCCAGGCCCACUCCAUGCUCACACACUCAGGACCUGUCCCUGGGCCCCUCUCCUCCCUACUGCACCUGAGGAACAACAGACAGAGACAGCCCCUGGCCGCCUCCAUGCCUGGCACCCUGCCAGACCCAGCCAUGCAGGGAGCAUCUGCCCAGCACAUGUCUAUGGAAAGACAGAUGUCUAUGGGGUCCAGUAUGAUGAGCAUCCAAGGUCCCGCCCACAACUCUUCCUGCUCUUCACCUCAGAGAGCUAAAACCGUGGGUCACCUCCACCAACACCAACACACACACCCGGGAGCUGUCGCCAACGGCAACAUGGGUCCCACCAUGGCUAACAUGAUGGAGAUGUCACCGCGCCAACGGCACACUCAACUGCAGCAGCAGCAUCAUCAGCACCUGCAGCAGGCUCCGCCCAUCUCCUACCAGCAGCACUGCCACGCCCCUCCACAUCACCUGGGAAAUGCCCACAGCCUGGGCCACCAAUCAGGGAAUGUGCCGCAUCAUCCGGUUCACCAAUCACCUCCCUCGCACCUGCAGGCCAGCCACACCCACCAGACCUCGCCUCACCUGCCCCUCCACUCCAUAGCUGCUCAGUUGUCUCCAGCAGCGCAGCAGAUGCAUUCAUCCCAGCAGACACAUUCCCUGCAUGCAGGCCAGGCGACUGGAGGACGCCGCAGGAGGUCUGUGGACCAGGACCCAGACGAGCGCAGGCAGAAGUUCUUGGAACGCAACCGAGCUGCGGCCACUCGAUGCAGACAGAAGAGGAAGGUCUGGGUGUCUGCUUUGGAGAAGAAAGCAGAGGAGCUGACACACAACAACAUGCAGCUGCAGAACGAGGUGACAACUCUGAGGUCAGAGGUUGGCCAGCUGAAGCAGAUCCUGCUGACCCAUAAAGACUGUCCUGUCUCCGCCCGCCAGAGAGAAUCACAGGGGUACCUCAGUCCAGGGAGUUCGACAGGAAGUCCCUCCCCCCUAUGUCCCGGGUCGCAGCAGCAGGCCAUCCAAUCCAACAGCAUCUCCACCUCCUCAGCUGGAGGGGGCGAUGGAGCGCACAGCAAUUAAAAAUUAAAGCGCGGGUGGGUGCGCAUGUGGUUCGGAACAUAGAGUUGGAUAGAGAGCUUCCAAUAAUGUCCCAGGAGACAAACUCUCUAGUACAUCUCUAUGGUUCAGAAUCAACCCCCCUCCAAUUGAGUACAGGAUGUAGUUACUCCUAAACACUGAGCUAAGGUCAGUUAUGUGUUUCUCCCCUAAUGGUUAAGGUUAGGAUGGGGAAGGGUGAGCUGAUCCUUGAUCUGUGGUUAGAGGCAACUUCCUGGAAUCAGUGAUUAAACCCUAGGUGGGUGCAUCUCAUUAGUCUUAAAUGGCUCCCUCUCCUGGUCUCCUAGCCUCUAUGGACACAUGUAUAGACGAACUGGACUGGUCUCUAUAAGCCUUACAUCUCCGGUAGGUUUGCAAAAUUCUGGUAACUUUCCCAACCGUGAUUUCUGGAAAACCUGUGCAUUUUGGGAAAGUUACCAGUGUUUUUGCAACCCUAGUCUCUGUCUCUCUAACUGUGUGGUCAUAGUCACCUGUGAACUGGAUCGUAUUGUGUCUGGGGGAAUCAGUCGACCAAUGUGUCUCAGUUAGUGGGAAAUCAGACAAGUACUGUGCUAUCUAUUCCAGGACUGCUUCAUGGCUGUGUGUCUGCAAACAUACUUGUUAUCAUAUCACCUUUUUCUUAGUGGCAGUAUUAUUAUUUUUUUUGAAUGCGUCGGAGUUGGGUCUUGUAACUUACACCAUGACUAGGACCAGGAGUUUCUCCAGGAACAACUCUGGGGCUUAAAAAUAGCCUGUUACUAUGGACCAGAGUUUUACCUAGUCAGGUCACUGGGUCAGGUUAAACUCCUGGCUCUAACCAUGACUAAAUAAUGUUACUACAUUGCGUAUGUGUUUGUGUAUGGUUGUAUGUAUAACAUAGGCCUCUCUGAAAUGCAGAACGUGAACGAAAACUAAUACAAAUGUACAUUUUAUACAAAUUUAUAUCAAGUCCUAUGAAUAGGAUGCCCUUGUUUUGUAACAAUGUAAUGCAAAGCCUCUUUUCCCUUUGAAAGUACUACAAUGUUUGUACAUACAUUAAGUUGGGCCCAGAGUUUUCCUUGACCAUGUCACUUGACCAAGAUAACUCCUGGCCCUUUGUUUAACCUCUGUAAAGCACUUACUAGUUUCCUACAGUGUAUUUAUCUUGUAAACUAGGCUCACACAGUACGUUGGCCUAUAACCUGUUACCUGUAUCUAUGUAUCCUUCUGUGUCUGUAUUGUGAUGUGUUUUUUUUUUUGUUUUUUUGUACAGAUAUUGACAAUCGCUAUAAACCUAAUACGAAAAUAAAAGCACUUAUUCUCUGGUA